AUGGAUUUGCAUGGACAAGAAUCAAGAACACAAGCCAUGUCCAGCGACUGCGACGACGAUUACAUAGACAUGGAACUCAACCUCUCCUCCUCCUCUUCCUCAAGAUUCAUCAGCUUCGCCGUCAACUCCUCUCCGCCUCACAGCAGAGAGUUCGAGUUCCAAAUGUGCUCCUCCGCCGUAGCUUCCGGCGAGUCCACCACAUCUCCCGCCGACGAGCUCUUCUACAAAGGCCAGCUCCUCCCUCUCCACCUCCCUCCUCGUCUCCAAAUGGUCCAAAAGCUUCUCGCCUCCUCCUCCUCCUCCUCCGUCGCAAUCUCCACUCCCAUUUCCCCACGCGCCGCCGUAUCCUCCCCGCGGAGAUUCAGUAGCAGCGAGAUCGACGUAAGCGAGCACUGUUACAUCGAGGAGGUAAAGAGAUUCAAGAAGAUCACUCAAAAGCUUAAAGCUUCACGUGCUUACAUAAGAUCUCUCUUCUCCAGACCAAACUGCUCAGAUUCAUCGGAGAUCCAAUCUGAACCAAUCAAGAACUCUAAAUUAUCCAAAAAGAAGAACCCUUUUGUGAAAACAGAGUCUUUAACUUUAAGCAGCAGCAAGAACCCUCCUUUGAUUCAUAGGAGAUCGUUCUCUAGUGUGAUACAGAGACAUUCUCAGCCAAAAUGCUCUGUUUCUUCUUCUUCGUCUUCCUCUUCGGCGUCUUCUUCGCUUUCGUCUUCGUUUAGUUUUGGUUCAAACGGGUCUUUGGAUCUGCAGACGCUGAUGAGAAGCAGCAACGCGAGCUCCACGGAGAUAGAUAACUCCAUUGAAGGAGCUAUUGAGCAUUGUAAGCAGUCGUUUACCACUAGGAAGAGCAAUGUGGGUGAGAGUGAGAACUCUUCUUCAAGAACAUCUGUUUCUACUUGUGGUGAUAUUGAAAAAGGUUGAGACUUUUUAAGGAUCUGGUGACGUUCUCUGGCUCUGAUUCUCAUUACCAAACCGAAAAAAGGACAUAGAAAGUUCAAAAAAGGGAACUUUUUUUUUUGUUAUACUCUGUUUUUUCUUUUCUUUUUUUGUAUUUUUAGAUUCUUUUGUGUGUUUUUUUUUUCUUUUUGUAGAAGUUUGUUGAAACUGAUGGUUCUU